AUGGCUGCUCAAAGUGGCCACCUGGGUCAGCAGAAAGACAUCGCUGGCUAUCUUGGCAGCGAUCUCCCUGAGCCAGUGCGAUUAGCAUAUCAGGAAGGCCACGAUGCAGACAUUCCAUCAAAUGAAGGCGUUGUCGAGCCACCUCUGAUUCGACAUUUGGUCCAGCCUUUAUCAAGCUCCGCCCGCGAAGAGAUUGAGCUGGAGAAAGGGGAGCCACUCGACAAGUCAGAGACAACAUCGCUCAAUGGGAGCCAUCUACAGAGUGGUGAGAUUGGUGCGGAGAAGCAUCAGCCCACGACCAUCACUGAGGAGCAACUUGAUCCCAACAUCGUCUUCUGGGAUGGCGAAAAUGACCCAGCGAAUCCCAUAAACUGGUCAGCCGGUAAGAAAUGGGGAAACAUCGCAGUCCUUUCAGCCAUGACGUUCUUGACACCACCGGCUUCAUCAAUGUUCGCUCCCGGUGUACCAGCAGCGAUGAAGGAGUUCGAUUCCCAUAGCAACCUCAUCGCCACCUUCGUCGUCUCAAUCUACGUCCUUGGCUUCGCCAUCGGCCCUCUAGUGUGCGCACCGAUGUCAGAGCUCUAUGGCCGCCUGAUAGUCUACCACGUGUGCAACGUCGGCUUCAUCGCUUUCACAAUAGCAUGCGCAGUGGCGCCUAGCAUGGGCUCCCUGAUAGCAUUCCGAUUCUUUGCCGGCGUGUUGGGAGUGGCACCUGUCACCAUCGGCGGCGGAACCAUAGCAGAUCUCAUGCCACCAGCGCGACGUGGCGGUGAGAUGGCAAUAUGGGCCAUGGGGCCCCUCUUAGGGCCUGUAGUAGGCCCUGUUGGAGGCGGCUUCCUAUCAGAAUCACAGGGAUGGCGAUGGAUUUUCUGGGUCAUAGCCAUGGCCCUUGGCGUAACCUCCAUCUCAGCCGUCAUCUUCCUCCGCGAGACCUACGCACCUGUCCUGCUCCAGUGGAAGACGAAGCGUCUCCAGAAAGAGACUGGCAACAUGUCCCUCCGCUCCAAACUCGACACAGGCCUCUCGCCCCGUCAACUCUUCACCCGCGCCAUCGUACGUCCGGCAAAACUUAUGUUCCUCUCCCCAAUCUGCGCCGCAAUGUCCCUCUACAUGGCCGUCGUCUACGGCUUCCUCUACCUCCUAUUCACAACCUUCGCCUUCGUAUUCGAGGACCAGUACGGCUUCUCCAACAGCAUCGUCGGUCUGGUUUACCUCGGUCUCGGUCUGGGGAACUUCAUCGGCCUUGCACUGCUGGGAUUCACGAGUGAUCGUGUUAUGGCGAGGCUUGCGAAGAAGAAUGGAGGCGAUAUCAAACCGGAGUAUCGACUUCCGCUGCUGAUGUAUGCGGGGCCUUUUAUACCGGUCGGUCUAUUCAUCUACGGCUGGACAGCUCAGUACGAAGUGCAGUGGGCUGUACCUCUCGUUGGAACGAUGUUCGUGGGCAUCGGCUUGAUUGCGUGCUUUAUGUGCAUCAACACGUACCUGGUGGACACUUUUACGCUGUAUGCGGCGAGCGCGAUGGCCGCUAAUACGAUUCUACGGUCUAUCUUUGGAGGGGUGUUCCCGCUGUUCGGACUGCAGAUGUAUGAUGGGUUGGGACUGGGGUGGGGGAAUAGUUUGUUGGCUUUCCUGGCGUUGGCGAUGUGUCCGAUACCGUGGUUCUUUUACCAUUAUGGGAAGAGGAUACGGACGUAUCCGAGGUUUCAGGUCGAGUUUUGA